AUGGACCUCUUUGACCAGUACAGAAUCUUUUCAGAUGAGCCGGAGUCUGAGUUCCCAUUAGGGGACAUUGAUUACGGUUUUGACUUUGUCUCGUAUUCAGACAAGAACGGUUUCGAGCUGCCAGCGCAGGACGCGGAGCCAACUGACCAGCACCAGCCAGAUCCCUUCGAUUCUCCUGCUCUCACCAUUGGGAGUGCAGAAUCCACGCAGAUAUCGUCCUAUUCGUUCGAUAAGCAAUGGGCGUUCAAGCCUCUGGAAGGUUUUGAACAGCUCAGUCAGAACUGGGAAAUCGAUAGGACUGUUUCUUUGUCCUCCGCCGACAUUGAGCACAAUUACCUCAACCUUCCACCGGACGAGGAUGUCGAAAUUCAAAAGGUCGAUUUUGGACCCGCCUCAAAUCCGGCUGUCAUCAAGGAAAAAAUCAUUGAGAAGAGGAAAAGGCUUAGUCUUGAUAGCAGAAAGCCAGGAAGUAAUGGCUCUGAGACCAAAAGUCCUUUACACACGAGAAGACCUUCACUAUCUCCUGUGAAGAGUUUCAGGUACCGUUCCAAAUCUUUGAUUGGAACAUCUUCUACAUCGGGCUCCCCAACCAAUCCAUUCUACAAGCCACCGGACAUUUUGUGGAAAUACUGUGACCCGAGCUCUAAUAGUUGGAGAAAAUAG